AUGCAAAAAAUAUGCACCCCAUACCAGGUGGUGGCUUUCCCCUUCACUGCUCUCUUCCACCAUCUCUGUGCUUCGGGGUGCCUCUCUCUGACUGCCUGGUACAUAUUCCUCCUCACCAGAGGAUGUCCCCUCGCUGGCACAGCCAUGGGCAGCUACGCCGUGUUGCUCCUGCUGCCAGUGUUACAUCCCACUGCUGGCUCGGUGCUCGUCCUCCUCUCUGUCAGCCCAGCUCGUGCCCACAGCUGGGUCUUCACCCUCCAGAUGUCCUGGCAGACACUCUGCCACCUGGGGCUGAGCAGCCAGGAGCUGGGCCCACAGGAUGCCAGGCCAGCCAUCGCCCUCUCUGCCAUCACGCUGCUCACCCAGAAGGCUACGUCUCUGGCCCUGGGGCUUUUGCAGCGCGCACUGCCCCUCUGCAGCUACCUGCUCUUUUUUCCAGCCCUCCUCGGAGGUCCCCUGUGCUCCUUCAGGAGGUUUCGGGCCCAGGCCGAGUCCUCGGGGGCUCUCCCUUGCCCUCCUCAGGCUGGCCUCUGUUUGCACUGGGUGCUGGAUGAGGCCCUCCUCGAGGUGGUGGGCUUUGGGCCGGAGGCGGGCCAGGGAGACCUUUCCAUCUGCGACCCGUGGACACUGGAGACCACCCACCGCCUGGCUGUCUUUGCCCGAACCUGGAACAAGAGCACGUCCCACUGGUUGAGAAGACUUGUCUUCCAGCGCUGCACGGCCCAGCCACUCCUAGACAGCUUUGCCUUCUGCGCCUGGUGGCAUGGCCUCCGGCCUGGGCAGGUCUUUGGUUUCCUGUGCUGGGCUGUCAUGGCGGAGGCCAACUACCGCAUCCAUCCCUUCCUCAGCACCCAGGCCGCGUCCCGGGGCGUGAAGCUCCUCUACCGUGGCACAACCUGGGUCUUCACGCAGCUCAUCGUCGCCUGCAUCCUGGUGGCUCUGGAGACCGAGAGCUUCUCCAUGCUCUGCCUGCUCUGGACUUCCUGCAACAGCAUCCUUCCCUGCUCCUAUGGCUUCGUGCUGCUGCUGCUUGCCAAGAAGCUGAAGCAAAACUGAACCUGUCCUGGGCUAACUUGUGCGGCUGGAGAAGCCGCCAACCAUUCACCCCUGCUGCCCACUCUGGAGAGCAGCGGUGUUCCUAGGUAA